AUGCCACAUGGAAAGAGCAUCUCUUACUGCGCAUGGACAUCGUGUUCUACAUCCUGGAUUUCGGACUGGAUGCCAACUGUGCUUAUCAGUUCUGGAACGUCAGCUUUUACGUGGUGUUUACACUCCAACUGGCUAUCGUUCUGGCAGCGCUGCUGGCGCAAUCGCGCCUUGUGCGCAGGCUGCGAGGAGGGUGGAGAUGCCUGCUGCAAGCAGAUGCAAGCAGUGCGUGAAUCCUGGCAUCGGGGAUUCCCCAGUGACGUGCUUCUGUCCGUGACCCUGCGUGAGAAAGCAGUUGAAGCGCCGCUUUCCUUUCUCUUGCAGGGGUGUGCCACAUGGUGGUUGCAAAACGCAGCAUCACUAUCGAGCUCUCAAGCUUUGCAUGUGUCGUACAUCAGCACCUUUUUUUCCAUGAUGUUCAGCCUCUACGGCAUGACAAAGGCUGCGUACAUCAACACGCACCUGGACUUGGGAUACCAGCUCAAGCUGCUCGAGCGGGACUGGUCGCACAACGGCAUCCUACAUAGCGCAGCACAUGAAACACAGCCUCAAGUCGCUGUGAUUCCCAGCUGCAUGGGUGCGCCAUCUCAGGCAGACAGUGUCGAGGCGGCAUCCCUUCAACAACAAUCUGACCAACUGCGCCAUCAGGGCGGAUUAUGUGGGCGUUUGCCUGCAGCCCCGUCAGGGGGCCUGGCGCAUGCCAUGCCCCCAGAUGCACUCAAAUCCCUUCAGCAUGGCGGCAUCCAAGUUGGAGCCAGGCGUGGGCUUGCCACGGAGUGA